CCAGACGUUAUUGAUCGGACACAAAACCAGAGUGUAUAAAAAGGGUCGUCCCCAUUGUGCGCCGACCAAAGAGUUAUAACCACUACGUUUAGUGCAGACGCGUUUUAGAACGAGUACAUUUUAACGAAGUUGAAAAUAGAAUAAGUGUGUAGCGUUCUGAUUUGAGUUCUUUACUAGUUAUUAAAUAUUUUGUUGUGCUGUAUUUUCCUAAAUUCUAGUGAUUUAAUUGAUCAAAAUGCAGAUCUUCGUAAAGACUUUAACUGGGAAAACUAUCACUUUGGAAGUUGAGCCUUCAGACACUAUUGAAAAUGUGAAGGCCAAAAUCCAAGACAAAGAAGGCAUUCCUCCAGAUCAGCAGCGUCUCAUUUUUGCCGGAAAGCAGUUAGAAGAUGGGCGCACUCUAUCAGACUACAACAUUCAGAAGGAAUCCACACUUCACUUGGUGCUCCGCCUCCGCGGUGGUAUGCAAAUUUUUGUCAAGACGCUGACUGGCAAAACAAUCACACUGGAAGUGGAACCAUCGGACACAAUUGAGAAUGUUAAAGCUAAAAUCCAGGAUAAGGAAGGCAUUCCUCCAGAUCAGCAGCGACUUAUCUUUGCCGGAAAACAGCUUGAGGACGGCCGCACUCUGUCAGAUUACAACAUUCAGAAAGAGUCCACUCUGCAUUUAGUACUCAGACUCCGCGGUGGAAUGCAAAUUUUCGUAAAAACCUUGACUGGUAAGACAAUCACAUUGGAAGUCGAGCCUUCUGACACAAUAGAAAAUGUUAAGGCCAAAAUCCAAGACAAGGAAGGCAUUCCUCCAGAUCAGCAGCGACUUAUCUUCGCCGGUAAGCAGCUCGAGGACGGCCGCACUCUCUCCGACUACAAUAUCCAGAAAGAAUCCACACUCCACCUUGUACUCCGCCUCCGUGGUGGUAUGCAAAUAUUCGUUAAGACGCUGACCGGUAAAACGAUCACACUUGAAGUGGAGCCUUCUGACACAAUUGAGAAUGUUAAGGCCAAAAUUCAGGACAAGGAAGGCAUUCCUCCAGAUCAGCAGCGACUUAUCUUCGCCGGUAAACAGCUCGAGGACGGCCGCACCCUCUCCGACUACAAUAUCCAAAAAGAGUCCACCCUGCAUUUGGUACUUCGUCUCCGCGGUGGUAUGCAAAUUUUCGUCAAGACUCUAACCGGCAAAACUAUUACGUUGGAAGUGGAACCUUCUGACACAAUCGAAAAUGUCAAAGCCAAAAUCCAAGACAAGGAAGGCAUUCCUCCAGAUCAGCAGCGACUUAUCUUCGCCGGUAAGCAGCUCGAGGACGGCCGCACUCUCUCCGACUACAAUAUCCAGAAAGAAUCCACACUCCACCUUGUACUCCGCCUCCGUGGUGGUAUGCAAAUUUUCGUUAAGACCUUGACUGGUAAAACUAUAACACUUGAAGUGGAGCCUUCUGACACAAUUGAGAAUGUUAAGGCCAAAAUUCAGGACAAGGAAGGCAUUCCUCCGGAUCAGCAGCGACUUAUCUUUGCCGGAAAACAGCUCGAGGACGGCCGCACUUUGUCAGACUACAACAUUCAGAAAGAGUCCACUCUGCAUUUAGUACUCAGACUCCGCGGUGGAAUGCAAAUUUUCGUAAAAACCUUGACUGGUAAAACUAUCACACUUGAAGUGGAGCCUUCUGACACAAUUGAGAAUGUUAAGGCCAAAAUCCAAGACAAGGAAGGCAUUCCUCCAGAUCAGCAACGACUUAUCUUUGCCGGAAAACAGCUCGAGGACGGCCGCACUCUGUCAGACUACAAUAUCCAGAAAGAAUCCACACUCCACCUUGUACUCCGCCUCCGUGGUGGUAUGCAAAUAUUCGUUAAGACGCUGACCGGUAAAACGAUCACACUUGAAGUGGAGCCUUCUGACACAAUUGAGAAUGUUAAGGCCAAAAUUCAGGACAAGGAAGGCAUUCCUCCAGAUCAGCAGCGACUUAUCUUCGCCGGUAAGCAGCUCGAGGACGGCCGCACUCUCUCCGACUACAAUAUCCAGAAAGAAUCCACACUCCACCUUGUACUCCGCCUCCGUGGUGGUAUGCAAAUAUUCGUCAAGACGCUGACCGGUAAAACUAUCACACUUGAAGUGGAGCCUUCUGACACAAUUGAGAAUGUUAAGGCCAAAAUUCAGGACAAGGAAGGCAUUCCUCCAGAUCAGCAGCGACUUAUCUUCGCCGGUAAGCAGCUCGAGGACGGCCGCACUCUCUCCGACUACAAUAUCCAGAAAGAAUCCACACUCCACCUUGUACUCCGCCUCCGUGGUGGUAUGCAAAUAUUCGUCAAGACGCUGACCGGUAAAACUAUCACACUUGAAGUGGAGCCUUCUGACACAAUUGAGAAUGUUAAGGCCAAAAUUCAGGACAAGGAAGGCAUUCCUCCAGAUCAGCAGCGACUUAUCUUCGCCGGCAAGCAGCUCGAAGACGGCCGCACUCUCUCCGACUACAAUACAAAAGAGUCCACCCUGCAUUUGGUACUUCGCCUCCGUGGUGGUAUGCAAAUAUUCGUUAAGACGCUGACCGGUAAAACGAUCACACUUGAAGUGGAGCCUUCUGACACAAUUGAGAAUGUUAAGGCCAAAAUUCAGGACAAGGAAGGCAUUCCUCCAGAUCAGCAGCGACUUAUCUUCGCCGGCAAGCAGCUCGAAGACGGCCGCACUCUCUCCGACUACAAUAUCCAAAAAGAGUCCACCCUGCAUUUGGUACUUCGCCUCCGUGGUGGUAUGCAAAUAUUCGUUAAGACGCUGACCGGUAAAACGAUCACACUUGAAGUGGAGCCUUCUGACACAAUUGAGAAUGUUAAGGCCAAAAUUCAGGACAAGGAAGGCAUUCCUCCAGAUCAGCAGCGACUUAUCUUCGCCGGCAAGCAGCUCGAAGACGGCCGCACUCUCUCCGACUACAAUAUCCAAAAAGAGUCCACCCUGCAUUUGGUACUUCGCCUCCGUGGUGGUAUGCAAAUAUUCGUUAAGACGCUGACCGGUAAAACGAUCACACUUGAAGUGGAGCCUUCUGACACAAUUGAGAAUGUUAAGGCCAAAAUUCAGGACAAGGAAGGCAUUCCUCCAGAUCAGCAGCGACUUAUCUUCGCCGGUAAGCAGCUCGAGGACGGCGCACUCUCCGACUACAAUAUCCAGAAAGAAUCCACACUCCACCUUGUACUCCGCCUCCGUGGUGGUAUGCAAAUAUUCGUCAAGACGCUGACCGGUAAAACUAUCACACUUGAAGUGGAGCCUUCUGACACAAUUGAGAAUGUUAAGGCCAAAAUUCAGGACAAGGAAGGCAUUCCUCCAGAUCAGCAGCGACUUAUCUUCGCCGGCAAGCAGCUCGAAGACGGCCGCACUCUCUCCGACUACAAUACAAAAGAGUCCACCCUGCAUUUGGUACUUCGCCUCCGUGGCGGUAUGCAAAUAUUCGUUAAGACGCUGACCGGUAAAACGAUCACACUUGAAGUGGAGCCUUCUGACACAAUUGAGAAUGUUAAGGCCAAAAUUCAGGACAAGGAAGGCAUUCCUCCAGAUCAGCAGCGACUUAUCUUCGCCGGCAAGCAGCUCGAAGACGGCCGCACUCUCUCCGACUACAAUAUCCAAGAGUCCACCCUGCAUUUGGUACUUCGCCUCCGUGGUGGUAUGCAAAUAUUCGUUAAGACGCUGACCGGUAAAACGAUCACACUUGAAGUGGAGCCUUCUGACACAAUUGAGAAUGUUAAGGCCAAAAUUCAGGACAAGGAAGGCAUUCCUCCGGAUCAGCAGCGACUUAUCUUUGCCGGUAAGCAGCUCGAGGACGGCCGUACUCUCUCCGACUACAAUAUCCAAAAGGAAUCUACUUUGCAUUUAGUACUACGACUUCGCGGCGGCUUCACAGAUUUUUAAAUUAUGUGUUGGCUAAAAUAAAGUUCUCUGGAUAAAAUA